AGUUUGAAUGUGCGACUUAUUAUAACGAACGCCAGACUGCACCUGAACACAUACACGUUUCAAACAAUGCAGAAUUGAGUCAAACAGUCAACAGUUACAUUUACAGCUUCGUUUCUUACUCUUUAUUAUCUUAAAAUGCUCAUAAGCGCCCUCUGGAGCAAAAGACGGCGUUCUGUUUUUUACCCAUAAUUCUCUGCACUGGAGGCGUUUUGUGAUUAAGAUGGCGGACUCAUCGGUCGAAAUCAUUGAAGGCUGCCGGCUUCCCGUGCUGCGGAAAAAUCAAGAAAAUGAAGACGAGUGGCCAUUGGCUGAAAUUCUCAGUGUCAAAGAUAUUCCUGGGAGAAAGCUUUAUUACGUCCACUAUAUUGACUUCAAUAAGCGCCUGGAUGAAUGGGUGACUCCAGACCGCCUGGACUUGAAGAAGCUGCAGUUUCCCAAAAAAGAGGCAAAGACCCCGACAAAGAACGGCCUGCCGGGUUCCCGCCCCAGCUCUCCAGAGAGAGAUGUGAGGAAGAGUCUAGAUCUCAACGUUCAGUCUGCUUCAGCUCCUUCAAGAGGCAAAACCCUCCCCACACCGAAGAGAAAAGCCGAACCCGUCUCUUUGGCGACACAAGUUACCGCAGCGACUCCAGUGCCUUCACUUCCAAGUUCUGCAGAGGCAAGCCAGGCCUCGGUCUACCCAGCCAUGAGGAACCCCUCCUUCAGCAUCAAAUCCAGAGAAGACCACGAGCAGCUCACCUCUCUCACCACAAAUGGCACAACACGUCGUCUUAUACCUUCUCAGCCAGGGAGAAAAAGAAAAAAUUGUGGAGGGACAGACGAGAUGGUAAAGGUGUUCCAGAAUAACAAGCCUCGCUGCUCCACCGUCUUUUUGCCGCCAGGAGAGGAUUCCCAGGACAGUUCUGACGGCGUUCCCUCUGCCCCUCGCAUGACCGGUAGUUUGGUGUCGGACCGCAGUCACGAUGACAUUGUCACACGAAUGAAGAACAUAGACUGUAUUGAGCUGGGCCGACACAGGCUAAAGCCGUGGUACUUCUCUCCAUACCCACAGGAGCUCACCACCCUCCCCAUCCUCUACCUUUGUGAAUUCUGUCUUAAGUAUCUCAAGAGCCUCAAGUGUCUACAGAGGCACCUGACAAAAUGCAACCUUCGACACCCGCCAGGAAAUGAGAUCUAUCGCAAAGGAACUAUAUCCUUUUUUGAAAUCGAUGGCAGGAAAAACAAGACAUAUUCCCAAAAUUUGUGUUUAUUAGCCAAAUGCUUCCUGGACCACAAGACCCUGUAUUACGACACCGAUCCUUUCCUCUUCUAUGUUAUGACAGAGUAUGACUCAAAGGGUUUCCACAUAGUUGGCUACUUCUCCAAGGAAAAGGAAUCAACAGAAGACUAUAAUGUGGCCUGCAUAUUGACGUUACCGCCUUACCAGAGAAGAGGCUAUGGCAAACUACUCAUUGAGUUUAGUUAUGAGCUCUCAAAAGUGGAAGGAAAGACCGGUACUCCAGAGAAGCCUCUGUCUGAUCUGGGUCUGCUCUCCUACCGCUCAUACUGGUCUCAGACAAUUCUGGAAAUCCUCAUGAACCUGAAAUCAGAGAACGGAGAACGGCCACAGAUCACAAUCAAUGAAAUCAGUGAGAUCACCAGUGUCAAGAAAGAGGAUGUGAUAUCAACUCUUCAAUACCUCAACCUCAUUAAUUAUUAUAAGGGUCAGUAUAUCCUCACCUUAUCAGAAGACAUAGUGGAAGGUCAUGAGCGGGCCAUGCAGAAGCGGCACCUCCGUAUCGACUCCAAAUGCUUACAUUUUACUCCUAAAGACUGGAGCAAGAGGGGCAAGUGGUGAAGACCGUAAGAGGACUGCUGUUCACAGAGACCUUGGAACUGUUCUCUAUAGACUUGACUUGAUAACAAGCUUGUAAAGGAAGACAGAGACCAUUUAUAUUGUUAAAGAUUCCACAGUCCACAUCUACAUGUUAAGUCUUACAAAUUUCAGAAUUGUCAGUCUGUUACUUGUCUGUACUUGAGAACACAGGAAUGUCUUUUUUAAUGGAAAAGUCUCUCCCACCAUUUCAAUAGAUCAUCAUAGAUAUGCAUAUUUACCGUCAGUGCCAUGUUUUAUUACUUUGACCAAAAACAACAGUGUUUUACGCACAAUUAUCAGCGUUCCAUAAAAGUCACGUGGUCCUGUUUAUUUUCAGUGCGGAGCUGGUGACCUCUGGAGAUAGAAGCAAAAGAAGACCAUUGGUGACAGGCUUUUUACAUUUAUUUUGUGCAAUAUUAGAAAAGCUGUAAAGAACAAUUCAUUUGUGGCCUUGAAAAUUGCAGUUUGAGACCAAAAUAAGCGCUCCGCCAUUAGAAACAAAUGAUUGAGCAGCCAUAUUUAAUGUAAAAAAUAUUAUUAGCAACUGUGUAAUGCUGACUAUCAACCCGUCUUGCUGACACAAAUAAAGACGCUGUUAGUUUGAAUCAAGUUAAACUUUCCUCUAUGCCUACAUCCUGUCAACAACGAUUGCCGUUCUUGAUUCUGGAAGUCACCAGCUCUUUAGUGAAAAUGAAUUGGAGUACCUUUUCCCUACGUGUUGCUGCUGCUGUAAAUGGGGCUAAAUGAGUCCUUACAAUGUCCUUGUGUUGUACAUACAGAAAAAUAAAUGUCUUUUCUACACUGGUA